AUGUUUGCCCGUCUUCGCGGGCGCUCUGGGAGAGUUGAUUUUGAUGGAGAAGAGUCUAGAGUGAAGCAAACGAAACCUAAAAGUAAUGAUGGACACAGGACGUGGUCAUGUGGAAUGUGGAAGGCCUGCAGACAGACGUCAUCCCCCGAAACUGUCCUAAACAAGGUGCAGGGCAACGAGGAAGAGGAGAGGCUGAUUAGAGAGCUCGAGCUAACUACCCAGGAGAGAAAUGAGCUGAAUGAUCGCCUCCUUUAUGUGACAGAUGUAUCCAUGAACAAGAGCCCCUACUUCAGGCCAAAUCCAUUUUAUGAAAACUUGAAGAUAAAGGAGAAAGAGGUCAUGUCAUUACUGCACAACUUAGACAUAAAGAACACUGAACAUCGUGAGAAAUUUCAGGAGCUCAAGAAGGAGAUUAACUUCUAUCGCAACCUGCAGAGCCGGCUCCUGAUGGACCAGGCAUGUAUGAAGAAGAAGUUGGUCACAUUGAAGCAGGAGAGCAAGGAGUUACAGCGAUAUUUGUUUGAGUUGAACCCGAAUGAUGAAGACGAACAGGAGAAGACCAGCAUCCUCCAGACCCAGCAAAAUUUGGUAGGAACAAGCAGCUGA